GCCAAGAUCGCGACCGAAGGUCAUCCAUCAUGUGGCGCCGCUUGUGUCCUCGCUCGGAAAUGGCCUGUCACCUCACACUGCAGAGCGGCCAAGUCUUCAACUGGCGCCAAGUCCAAGCGCAAUGGGUCGGUGUUAUCCAGCGUCACGUCAUCGCGCUCCGGGAGGCCGAGUCAGCGAUCGAGUACACAUGCUUGCACGCGCCUCCGCUGCAAGACAAGGAAGACGACGUUCAUGCACUCGUGUCAUCCUACUUUCGCACUGAUGACAACCUCGGCGAGCUCUACGCGUCGUGGAUGCAGCCCAACGACCAGUUCUCACCGGCCUUUGCGUCGCUGCCCGGGCUCCGCCUCAUUCGCCAAGACCCGCUCGAGUGUCUCUUUUCGUUCAUUUGCUCGUCCAACAACAACAUUGCGCGCGUGACGCAGAUGCUCGAAAAGUUACGCGCGCGCUUUGGCGACGAACUCAUGACCCACGACGGCACGCCGCUGCACGCCUUCCCGACCCUCGCGCAGCUACAGGCCAUCCAAGAGCCCGAGCUGCGCACGCUCGGGUUCGGGUACCGCGCCCAGUACAUUGUCAAGUCGGCGGCGAUUUUGCACGACCUCGGCGGCGAAGCCUACUUGCAGACGCUGCGUGCGAACGCAGACGCGGCCGCCGUCCAGACGUCGCUGACGCAGUUUGCGGGCGUCGGGCGCAAGGUCGCCGACUGCAUCGCGCUCUUCUCGCUCGAAAAGCUCGAGGCAAUCCCCGUCGAUACGCACGUGUGGCAGAUCGCUUGCCGCGACUUUCACGCCAAAGUACACUGUAGAUCUGUGAAUGUAUGCACGCUGAACAACAAAUACGAUGACGCAGGCGCACAAAAGUUUGACGCCGACCGUAUACGCCCAAGUGGGCCAGCUGUACCAAGACAGGUUCACGCCGUACGCGGGGUGGGCGCACAGUGUCCUCUUUGCGGCCGAGCUGGCUGCGUUCAAGCCAGCGAAACCGGCGGCCGCCAAGCCUCUCAAGCGCAAGAAGAGCGACAUCGACGACUCGUCCAACAAGCCCAUGAGAAAGAAGUCGACCCGCACGCGCGCCCAAACUGCCUAGUGGCGAUACUCGGUGGUCAUGGAUCGUCGGGUCAUGCUACUGAGCGAGAACAAUAUUGUCGAAUGACGUUGUGGUCCCUCUUCGUAUUCAUACCAUACACUGUGGUACCGGAAGCGAUACGCUGAUAGAUGCGAGAUAGUAACGUUAACUUGGUGACUCUAGUAGUAACCUUAACCUCGUAGCACUGAGC